AUGGCCUGGCUCCUACCCGUCACCCUCGGAUGCCUCAGCCUCCUCUGCCUGCAGCUCCCAGGAGCACUGACCCGCUGCCAGGGCGGAAGCCGGCAGCCCGUCCGGCCCAGGGCGCCUCCAGCCAGGACCCUCGCCAGCGGCCUGCAGCCCCAGCACCCCGCACCCCGGCCUGUGAUCCACAAGCCACCCCAGAGGGGCGCUCGUCUGACCCCUGCCGUGGGUCAGCCUCUCCGGAGUGGUCCCCAUCGGCACUUGAGCCCCCCAAGGCCCAGAGCCCAGCGCCUGCGGGUGGGCUGUGUGCUGAGCACCUGCCAGGUGCAGAACCUCAGCCACCGCCUGUGGCAGCUCGUGGCGUCGGCCGGCCACCAGGACCCAGCCCCCAUGGACCCCAGCAGCCCCCACAGCUAUGGCUGA